UUCUGGUCUCCUAGCAACUGAGCUGCGCUAGCUUGACGCGGCGGUGCUGUGGUCAGCCUGCAGCAUCAGAGGAAAAUAACAGGCUAAACAGAGUGUAAGCCCCUGAUUGUGUCGUUUCCCUGGAAGAUGGUGGCCAAACAGAGGAUCCGGAUGGCCAACGAGAAACACAGCAAGAACAUCACGCAGAGAGGAAACGUAGCCAAGACGCUGCGACCGCAAGAGGAGAAGUACCCUGUCGGCCCCUGGCUUCUCGCCCUCUUUGUAUUCGUUGUCUGUGGAUCAGCCAUAUUCCAGAUCAUCCAGAGUAUCCGUAUGGGGAUGUGACACAAGGGGCGGGCCGUGACCCCUGACCCCCUCCUCAUGCCCUCACUGAGCCCGGCUAGCCACCGCCUGCACACUCGAGCUCUCAUCCCCCACAGAGCGACCUCUGACCCCCGAUCAGCGUUUCCAGUGUUGCAGUCUGUGGUGCUGACAGCUUUUCUACGGACAGUCUAAAACCACGCCGGAUGCAAAACGACUUUCAUUCGUCGCUUGGCUCCUGUGUGCGUGUGUGUAUAUAUAUGUGUGUGUGUGCGUGUGUGUAUAUAUGGGUGUGUGUGUGUGUGUGUGUGUGUGUGUGAGCUGGCGGUGAAUCCUGCUGACUAUGUGCCAUAACUGUUAUUUUCUUCUGUACUGUACGAAUGAAGAAUGUGGGUUUUUGGUGGUUUUUUUUGUUGUUUUUCAAAUAAAUGUGAAGCAGUCAGAGCCGUCA